AUGUCGGAGGUGACUGGCAAGGGAAAUCUGUUCGACUCGAUGGAGGGUCUCGAAAUCAUCGAUGAUGCGAAAAGUGAGGGAGAAGUUGGAAUAAGCAGUCAGGAAGCAGCUAGUGUGGGAAGGCGAUUGAAGAAGGGCUUGAGGAGGGAUUCGACGGAGGAGUGGUUGGGGCGUGGCUCGGAGAGUAGGAGGGAAUCUAUUCAUAGCAGAGGAGUGGCCACUUUGUUUAAUAGAGAGAAACCCGACAGCGAUUUGAUAAGAACCCCACAGGUAGAGAAUGAGGAAAAUGUUGCUGAGGAAAUCGAUCAGUACGGUUACACUAUCGAUAAGAAGUAUGCUAGACUACCGGGAGGAUGGAAAGUCGAACGGAAAAAAUACGAAGAACUUUAUGAUUAUCAAAAAGAAGGCGUGAAGUGGUUGUAUGAACUAUUCCAACGAGGAAAAGGAGGAAUUUUAGCGGAUAUCAUGGGUAUGGGAAAAACCAUACAAGUCUGUGUGCUCCUGCGUGGCCUUCUAAAGGGCCGGUUAGCUUCAAGAGUGCUCAUACUGUGUGAGAAGUCUCUGCGAGAUACAUGGGAGAAGGAGACCUCGCAGUGGUGCGGAAAUUGGCAUAUAAUUUCACUUUGUGGUUACAAUUCGGCAAGUCAGAGAGAGAAAAAAUUAAAGCAAUCUUGGCUGGCUCGGAAUUGCAUCAUCAUUGCUAAUCAAACAUUCAUACGAAACGACAACCUGCCACUAUAUUCAGCUUGUGAUGAGAAUGCCUCUCCUAUGUGGGAGGAAAGCGACAGAGUGCCGUGGGACAUCAUAGUUUAUGACGAGGCUCAGCGGAUGAGGAAUCCUCGAACGGCCCUCUUCCAACACGCUACUAUCAUGAGAGCUAAGUCAAAGUUGUUGCUCACUGGCACGCCGAUACAGAAUACUCCUUGCGACCUGUGGGCUUUAAUGGAAAUAGCCGUACCGGGCCUUCUGGGAGACUUUGCGGUUUUCAAAAACAAGUUCGCUGAAGUUAUCAAAAGAGGGAAUCGUCGCGAAGCCACUGAGCUUCAGGAAAAAAAUAAAGACUUAGCCGUGGAGGAGCUGAACGCUGUUAUAUACGACUAUGUGCUGCGAAGGGAAAAAUAUGUUGAUGAGAUAACAGAGGGAGAUGUUUCCAAAUUGGAGGUGAUAGUAUGGAUAGGACUCUCAGAGGAGCAGUUGGAUAUUUAUAAAGAGUAUCUCAAUACGCGACAAGUACGUCGAGCUUGCUCCAAUAAUCGAGAUGGUAGCAAGGGCAUGCAUGUCCUUCGCUGUAUCUCUACACUGAGGACUCUUUGUAACCAUCCUCUAUUUCUAUUGCCACCAGCUGAGCAAAAAUGGCGAACAGCAUUUGGAAUUAGCUUGGAUGCGCUUCCGCAGAAUGUGGAGAAAGAUGACCUACAACUUUCCAUAGCAAAAAAUGAGGAUAAUAACGAUGAGGAUGAUGAUGACGACGAGGAUGUUACCUGGAUUGACAACGACGACGGAGCGAUGGACAAUUACAAGCACAUGAUUCGCGCUCUGCCACAAGAUGAUGGUCGGAAGAUCGAAGCAUUGAGCUCAAAACUUCAAGUGUUGCAUUGCUUACUACGCCGACUUAAGGAGAAUGGUCACCGUGUUCUCCUAUUCUGCCCCUGGACUAGCAUGUUAGACUUAGUUCAGUAUACUAUAUUGAGGACCGACGGGAUGAGCUGUCUCCGCAUCGAUGGCAGUACCCCUUCAAGUGAUCGGCAACGAAAAAUCAGAAAAUUUCAAAACUCCAAAAAAUAUUUCGCAUUUGUUCUCUCGACGCGAUGCGGCCAUGUCGGGCUUACUCUUACUGCGGCAGACAGAGUUGUGCUGAUCAGUCCAAGUUGGAAUCCUAGUGAUGAUGACCAAGCUGUGGCUCGAGCGUAUCGAAUUGGUCAGAGACGUGACGUUAUUGCUUAUAGGCUUGUUUGCAGCGGCACAAUUGAAGAGAGAAUCUUCCAGAGAGAGGUCACUAAAAUCGGUGAUUCAAAAGUCAUUCUAGAGGAUAAAGAUCAAGCGAAGUAA